CCAGCGCAGGGGACACCACUCUAAAGACUGUGGAGGAAGACAGCCGAGCGAGGCGAGCAGAGUUUGGAGAUGUCACAUCCUCGGUCGGUGAUGGAGUUUGCAGCGCGCACCACGCAGCCAAUCCCUGCGCGAGCUGUUUGGAGCCACAGCUCAGCGCUGAAAUGCUGUGCGUAAAAAUCUACCUGUCAGACGCAGCGGCGGUGCCACGGCGGCCAGAGCUCAGCGGGCAAAGUCCUACUCUUCCCCCACACACAGCCGGAAUAACUACACCUCUAAUACCGCGUGUUGUGCUGUGCUGUGCACUGGACUGUUUCCUGAUAAAAACUGAUCAUGUGAAGUAGGAAGGUGUGUCCGUCCGUCGACUCUCUGAUGCGCCGAGGAACGAUGCUCAGCGAACCUGCGGGAGGAUCUUCAACCACAGCUGCCAGACUGCUAAAUCUCUCUCCAUCCUCUGAUCCGCUGGACGUCUGAACCUGCCACCAUCAUGGAGAGCCUCAGCGAGCUCCAGAACCCUCUGCUGGACAAAAGACACGCGGUCCACAACGACUACCAGGGCUACCAGUGCGACUACCCGAGCCAGCCUUACCAGGACAGCCUCAUCGGCUACUACUACACCGGGACUAGUGGCAAGCAUAAGACUCAGCAGUUCCUGGACGCGACGUCCCUGCACCUGGCAGUGGAGGCCUUCUACCGGCCCAACUUCAUCCUGUGCAAAGACGACGUGAGCCUGAACAGCAAGGACUCCAAGAGCGAGAGCUUUGAGACCACGUUCACGGAGAGCAAGGACGCUGUGCAUGAUGGAGUGUCCGCAGAAAACACCCUGGACAGUGUACAAGAAGAAAAAGACAUGAAGAUCCAGACGGUGUCGUACGAGGUGGAGGAUGAGCAGGGUCCUGAGUACGAGAGUGACAGCUCCAGUGACAGUGAGAGCGAGGACAACUUCAUCGUGCUGCCCCCCCGGGACUACCUGGGCCUCGCCAUCUUCUCCAUGCUCUGCUGCUUCUGGCCCUUGGGCAUCGUUGCCUUUUACUACUCUCACAAGACGGGCAAGGCCAUCGCGAAGGGAGACUUCUCCAGAGCAGGGAUGAGCUCCAGAAGAGCCCUGUUCCUGGUUGCUCUCUCCAUUACCAUCGGGACAGGGAUGUACGUGGGGGUGGUUGUGGCCCUCAUAGCCUACCUGUCCAAGCCUGGACACGUAUAACACUGGACCGAUGCAGCUCGCUUGGGGGGGAGACAGUCAGCGAGUGAGAGGAGGCAAGGUUGGAUAGAUUUUUUUUUGCCCUCCCUUGAAGGCAUCGUGCCUGAGCUGCUGUCGGCUGUCUGCGAAAAGAAGCUAUAUGAAGAGAAACGACUGAACCACAGAGAGAAAAGAAGUGUGGAUGGAGUAUUACUAAGACUGCAUAUUGAUCUGGACUGGAGUCUUUAUUUGUGGGAUAAGAUAUUCCACCACCAUCACUGGAAGAAGAAAUGACAGUGCCGAAAAAAGAUGACUCCUCUUCUACAAAGACUAUUCUGGACUUACUAUAUUAGAAGAAAACUGAGCUAAUAACAGUAACAAACUACCUACCUUUUACCACAUUAGUCCUUUACAGCCUUUUUAUUUUACCUUUACAGUAAAUAUAUUCUAUGUCAACACUAUUACACAUUGUGUACUGUCCACUUUGUAAAUGAAUUUCUCGGAAAAACAGUGGCUUUCUAUGUUUGUUGAAGGGAUAUACUGUAAAUCAAUGCGGGCAGUAAACACAUGGAAGUGGACCCUUAACAGAAGGAGUACAAAGGUGAUCGUGUGAACACAAAGCGGCUGAGCAGUGGUCAAAAGGGUUAGUUGUGUUUAUUGUGUACUGUAAAUUUAGUCAAUAAAUACAUUUGGCAUGAAUAAUGAAACAUCCUA